GUCCUGUACAGUGUGCACAGUCCCUACACUUUUGUUCCCAUUUCUAAGAAUAAGCACUAAAACCAGAAUUCAAUUCUGACUAUAAUUAUAUAUUAUAUAUUUACAAUAUUUCUCAAUAUUUUCACUUUCAAGUCAUAUGUCAGUUAUGUUCAAUUGAUUUCGUGCUGAAAAAUAUCAUAGAAAAUGCUUUCAAUCGGAAAUCAAGUUCUAAAGUUUACAGCAUAUUCCCAUCGUUCACAACUCAUAGCCCUAACCUGUCAAUCAUGUGUCCGCUCAUUGAGUUAUGCGGUUCCCAAAGAAAAUAUAACUCAAUUAAGUCCUAAAGUAAAAAGUUUUGUGGAGGAGAGGGCCAGACUCUGUCAGCCCAAUGACAUCCAUAUAUGUGAUGGAAGUGAUAAAGAAAACAAUUAUUUAUUGGAUUUAAUGCAAAAACAAGGAAUGAUUGAACCAUUAAAUAAAUAUAAGAAUUGUUGGCUGACACGUACAGACCCGGCUGAUGUAGCCCGGGUGGAGUCACUUACUUAUAUUUCAACUCAUAAUAAGAGAGAUACCAUUCCCACCCCCAAGGAUGGAGUAAAAGGAACUUUAGGCAAUUGGAUGUCUCGCGAAGAGAUGGACAACGCGUUGAACCAAAGAUUUCCGGGUUGUAUGAAAGGGCGGACAAUGUAUGUAAUUCCCUUCAGUAUGGGUCCCAUCGGAUCUCCCCUCUCGAAGAUUGGCAUUCAGUUGACAGACUCUCCAUACGUUGUCGCGAGUAUGAGAGUUAUGACACGAAUGGGUUCACACGUUCUCAAGACAUUAGAAAACGAAGACUUCAUCAAAUGUAUGCACUCUAUUGGACAGCCAUUGCCUAUGAGUAAGCCCGCAGUGAACAACUGGCCGUGCAAUCCGGCACAGACCAUCAUCGGACACAUUCCAGAAAACAAUGAAAUCAGUUCAUUUGGAUCAGGUUACGGAGGAAAUUCACUUUUGGGCAAAAAAUGUUUUGCCCUCAGAUUGGGCUCAAUUCUGGCCAAAAGGGAGGGCUGGCUGGCCGAACACAUGUUGAUUCUGGGGAUUACUAAUCCUAAAGGAGUCAAGAAGUAUGUCGUGGCGGCGUUCCCCUCUGCGUGUGGCAAGACUAACCUGGCUAUGAUGACCCCCACCCUCCCCGGCUAUAAAGUGGAGUGCGUUGGCGAUGACAUCUCUUGGAUGCGUUUCGAUGAGAACGGAGUUCUUCGGGCUAUUAAUCCAGAGUUCGGUUUCUUCGGAGUGGCGCCCGGAACCAGUGAGAAGACUAAUCCCAAUGCUAUGAACACAAUCCAGAGGAAUACUAUCUUCACAAAUGUCGCUAAAACAGAAGACGGCGGAUUUUAUUGGGAAGGAUUAGAGCAUCACAUUAAAGACAAGAACAUUCAAAUCACUUCCUGGUUGGGCGACAAGAACUGGAAACUUGGUUCAGACAAACCCUCAUCGCAUCCCAACUCGCGCUUCUGUACCCCCGCGAAAAAAGUGGAUUUCGAGGAAUUAUUUUCUGUUCCCAAAGACUUUUGGCUCGAAGAAUGCGAUCGAAUCAGGAAUUACUUCACAGAACAGGUUAACAAUGAUAUGCCGGACGAAGUGUGGAACCAAUUGAAACAAUUGCAGCAAAGAUUACAACAACAGAAGUGA